CUUCCUGGUUUGAUUUCUGGGCUGCAGAACCGAAACGAGCGUCUAAUUCCACAAUGCAUUUGCCAAGGAUUGGAAUUUACAUGAAGAGACGAAAACGGGCUUGCUCUCAGGCUUGAAGAUUAUUGUCUUCUGUCAUCCGGCCAUCUCUCUCGCUUCUCCUCUUCAUAGCGGUGCUCAUUUCCUAUCCCUUCACCACCAUGCUGGGCUGGGGGAACUCCAGAGAUGGGCAGUUGGGUAUCGGUGUGGAGAGGAACCCAAUAUUUGAGCCAAGGAGGUGUCAUUUGUUCAUUGGGAGAGGACUGACAGAGCUCGCAUGUGGAGGGCAACACACACUCAUCCUGCUGCAUGAUGGAAGUGUGUACACCUGUGGCUCUAACAGCUGUGGACAACUGGGUCACGAUAAAGCUGGGACCUCCCCAGAGCUGGUGGGGGCUCUGGAUACGCAGAAGAUAACAAGGGUGUCGUGCGGUCGGGCCCAUUCGAUGGCGGUGAAUGAGCAGGGUCAAGUGUUUGCGUGGGGGGCUGGUGACGGAGGACAGCUCGGCCUCGGGACUGCGGAGGUGGCUGUUCGAGUGCCAAGGUUGGUUAAAAGACUGUGUGACCACACCAUCUCCCAAGUAAUGUGUGGAAACCAGCACUGCAUCGCACUUUCCAGAGAUGGUCAGCUGUUCACGUGGGGCCAGAACACCAAUGGCCAGCUUGGUUUGGGAAAAGGAGAGCCCAGCAAGUUGUCUCCCUGUCCUCUGAAAUCGCUGGCAGGAAUCCCGUUGGCACAGGUCACUGCUGGGGGAGACCACAGUUUUGCGCUCUCCUUGUCUGGAGCUGUGUUUGGCUGGGGGAAAAACAGAGCUGGACAGCUGGGUCUUAAUGAUAAACAAGAUCGGGCUGUACCAUGCCACAUCAAAUUUUUGAGAUCUCAGAAAGUUGUUCACAUCAGCUGCGGAGAUGAACAUACAGCAGCCCUCACAAAGGAUGGAGGCAUGUUCACGUUUGGCGAUGGCUCUUGGGGCCAGCUGGGUCAUGGCUCCACCAACAGUGAACUUUUACCAAGACGAGUUAUGGAGCUCAUGGGUACUGAGGUGUCUCAGAUUGCGUGUGGAAGGGAUCACACGUUGGCGUUUGUGCCAUCCUCCGGCAUCGUGUAUGCCUUUGGGUGCAACAGCCACGGCCAGCUGGGUACGGGAAUUCUGGGGGAUUCCCGAAGCCCUUAUCCUGUCAAGACCAGCUUCCUGAUUGAAAAUCAGCAGAGGAGAGAAUUAAAGGACUAUACGGUGAUCAAAGUAAUGUGUGGAGGAGACCACAGCUUCUUACUGUAUUCCAAUGAGCAGUGUUCUUGCCUCGCAGAAGACUUCAGAGUCAUUAAUGUCAAUAAAAGCCUCACCCCGAUCAACUAUGACCGCCUCAAUUCAUGGAGGCUCAAACUCAUGUACAACACAGACUCCAGUGUCACAAAUGACGUCAUAAUUCAACUUUCCUCAACGGCUUGUUGGAACGCCAGUUUCUUAGACCAAAGUGAUGAUACUCACUUCAAAACCAACCCAAAGAUCCCAGGCAUCGAUCUCAACUCUGUCAGAAUUCUGUUUGAAACGCUCAGCAAACCAGCCUUUGCUGGACUCCUGGAACAGGCAACCAAGAGUUUUGAGAGUCUGCUGAUCCCUCAGCUGCCACGCUCUCCUCCUGAUGUCGAGGCCAUGAGGAUUUACCUCAUCUUAUCCGAGUACCCUGCCCUACUAGACUCCAAGAACUACAUCCGCCUCACCAUACCCCUGGCGAUGGCCAUUCUCCGGCUAGACGCCAACCCCAGCAAAGUAUUGGAUAACUGGUGGUGCUUUGUCGAUGGCAGCGUUUUCACCAGAAUGGUCGACAUGUACAAGAGCAUCAUCGUGUUCAUGCUAACAGGAGGAAAGACGCUCCUCAUACCCGUGUUCUAUGAAAACUACUUUUUGGCCACUUUAAGGCUGCUGGAGAAACUUCACAAGGUAAACUUAAAGGCUCAGCAUGUGGAGUACAACCGCUUUUAUAUCCCUGACAUCACCAGCCUGGUGGACAUCCAGGAAGACUACCUCAAGUGGUUUCUGAGUAAAGCUGAAAUUAAAAUGGGAUCUUCCCCUUCGCAGAGUGACUUUCCCUCAGUGAACCUAUGUGCCUACCCGUUCAUACUGAACGCCCAAGCCAAGACAACAAUGCUGCAAACAGAUGCCGAACUGCAAAUGCAGAUGGCAGUAAGCGGUGCAAACCUGCACAAUGUCUUUAUGCUGCUCACGCUGGAACCCCACCUUGCUAGGAACCCGUAUCUCGUGCUCCAUGUGCGCAGGGACCAUUUGGUAAGCGACACGCUACGAGAGCUCACUAUGUACUCUGAUGUGGACCUCAAGAAGCCACUCAAGGUGAUCUUUGAUGGAGAGGAGGCUGUAGAUGCAGGCGGAGUAACUAAAGAGUUCUUCCUGCUGCUGUUGAAGGAGCUGAUGGAUCCCGUGUACGGGAUGUUCACUAACUACAACGAGUCGAACCUGCUGUGGUUCUCAGACAAAUGUUUUGUAGAGCAGAACUGGUUUCACCUGAUCGGGAUCAUCUGCGGACUCGCCAUCUAUAACUCCACGGUGGUGGACCUGCACUUCCCGCUGGUUCUCUAUAAGAAGCUGCUGGAUGUACUUCCCACGCUGGAGGACUUCAGAGAACUGUCACCCGUCGAGGCCAGGAGUUUACAGCAACUUCUUGACUACGAAGGAGGAGAUGUGGAGGGGACUUUCCUGCUCAACUUUUCUAUUACCAGGGAGAACUAUGGGAUGACGGAAGUCAAGGAGCUGGUACCCGGAGGAGAAAACGUCACCGUGAACGAUAACAACAGGAAGGAGUUUGUGGAGGCCUACCUAAAUUACGUGUUCACAGACUCGGUGUGUGAGCAGUACUCGGCCUUCUCCUCUGGUUUCCUGAAGGUGUGCGGAGGUGAGAUCCUGCUGCUGUUCCAGCCCUCCGAGCUCAUGGCCAUGGUGGUCGGCAACAACAACUACAACUGGGAGGAGAUGGAGAAGAAUGCCGUUUACAAAGGCGAGUACACGGCCACUCAUCCAACGGUCAGAUUGUUCUGGGAGGUUUUCCACGAGUUCCCUCUGGAAAAGAAGAAGCAGUUUUUAUUGUUCCUGACUGGCAGCGACCGCAUCCCCAUCCACGGCAUGGAGAGCCUCCGCAUUGUCAUCCAGUCCACCACGGCGGAGGAGCACUACCUUCCCGUAGCCCACACCUGCUACAACCUGCUCGACAUGCCGCGCUACCAGACCAAAGAGAUCCUGCGCCGACGUCUCACUCAAGCUGUGGAGCAGUACGAAGGCUUCAGCCUGGUCUGAGGGGGGAGUCUGAGAGGAGCUUCAACGCACUUUAACAGCAAUACGCCCCAACGUGAGUGUGGACAGUACAUGAGGGAGGAUGCUGGACACUAGAAGGCCCCUCUCUUACAAGAUUGUCACACAUGUCCAAUCCAAAAGGUCUACCGUGUGUAAAUGCAGAUUGUUUUAAUUGUUUUUAUUGCUUUGGGAAACGUUUCUCAACCUUUCAGGACCAUCGGGAAGAGACAUGUGUGGCUGAGAAGUGGAUAUUUAAAAAUGUCAUUGUAUUGAAAUUAAAUAAAGAAGUCUUAACUGAAAUUUGUUUGACGAUACGGGAUCAGAAAAGCCAUUUGGACCAGACAAGGAUGAGAAAACUUCUGGGCAUUUGCGUCGUCUUUCCUUCUCCUUCUUUGCAAAGCUGUGUAUUUUAUAUUCCUUAAAUUCUAUUUUUCACCUGUAAAGAUUUAUGUUAUCACCUCGAGGCAAAAUAUUUCGUCAUUAUUUUUAAUUCAUUAAAUAGAGUGGAUAUAUUUUGACAAAAAUAAAACUGUGUGUAUAUAUGUAAAUAGACCGUUGACUAUAAUCUUUAGCCCCGAUGUCGGAAGGGGGGAGCGUUGAUCUCACCGAUCCUUUCAAAUCUGGACACCAGCAUGUCAUCUCUGCCCUGGUUUUUAAGGAUGAGCGAUGAGUUUUUGGCAGCCAGAACACGGCGGCCGGGUGACACGUGGUGAACCUGAUUUCUGAUUGCUUCUUCCUGUAAAGCUGUAGAUUACAGAACAGCUGACUUCUUCGAGCCGCAUUCAACAUUGUUGCCUUCUAUAGCACAAACUACUGUAAGGACAUGAAGCUGACUUGUAAACGUACUGGAUGUUGUCUGUAUGCACAUGUUUUUGUUUAGUUUCUUUUUGGUAAAAGCAAACUUGUCAUUCAUCAGCUGAGCAUUUGGGCGAAAAUGGUUACUUGUGUUUGUUUUGCAGAUAAUUAGAUGUACAUGUUAAACUGGUUUUCCUGUCUGUAGGUUAACAAUUAGGCUGCAAUAAGCAGCUGCUAAGCUUCGGACUGGAGACUGGAGCAUGCAGUACACAGCUCCUUUAAAAAAAACAACAAACAAAAGAGUGACUGCCAUCAAGCCAGCAUCUGUUUGGAAAUAGAUCAGGCCAGCCCCAGCUUAUUAAUUUUACGUGCAUGUGCCAGGGUUGAUAAUAUUCAUCCUAAAAUUACACACACGAUGUGUUCAGACCAUUGACAGUUAAACUUUUAUGUACAAGCUUUAGUCUAUAGAAGGAGAAUGGGUUUGUGGGCUCCAGUUUUACUGCAAGAGAAUAAUUCAGCUCAUUUGUGUGCCCUUAAAAAAUAAAAAAGAUAGCAUUCUGGUGAUUUGAGAAAUACGUCCCUUUUGAAAUACUACACAGGGAAGGAAAGUCCUUGCUCAGAAUGAUAAUGCACUACCUCACUGUCCAUUCCCUUUCGCCUCACCCCACUCUUUGAUCCAAACUACAAUGAAAUGUCUUGAGCCUGAAAACAAAACAACCAGUUAUGAUAAUCCCCUAGAAGAUCCAAUCUUUUUGUUGUUAAGUUAGCUGCCCUUGCUGCUGUCUGUGAACUCUGUAAUGAGUGCAGCAUGUCCAAAAAUAUCAGUAUUUGUAAUCAUUAGUGUUCCUAUUGCAGAGUAAAGCUAAUUUGCAUUUGUAAUAUUUAAAUAAAAGCAUAUUCUAACAAUGUGGGCAGAUUAAACAUAUUUAAACAGUUCAAGUUAAGAUGCGUGUCAUGUAAGCUGUUCCAGAAAUUGCCCUGAUUGCUGUAUUUAUUCAGAUUAUUCCUGCAGUCAAACCUUUUACACCAAAUUGUUGGUUGUGCAUUGGCGUUAAAGUGUGACGUGUGUGACAUGGUCUUUUAUUUAUAUAUUUCCGACAUGACAGUGAGGUGACUUGAUCCAUUCAGCAAUAACAACCUGAAGCAUCCUUAGUGAUAAUUUAUUCUCUCUGGGUGAAACUUCGCUGGAUUCUUGGGAGGGGGAUCGAGAUGCUGCAUCUUAGUGCUCAUCUCUAAACUGCAUGUACACAGAGGUUCCACAAUUGAAGUUAUUAUUUGUCUAAUUAAAGCUAAUUUCUCCUGCAGAGUUUAGUCCUAUGCAAAUGUUUUUUUUUUUGUGCAGCCGUUGACUUUUUGGCACCUUCUGAUGUGCUACAGAGGAUGUGAGUUUUUGCAUAUUUGUCUGAAAUGUACACAAAGCUCUCUGUUUCAGCCAAGAUUUUAAAUAAAAUAUACUGGAAAAGCA